AUGUCGUCCUCACUCGAUCCGAACUUCGUGUUUCCGGUUCGCGAUCUCGAGAGUGCCCGGGUCAAGUUGACGUUAUUCGAUCCUCUCUUGCACGGGAAGGAAUAUUUCCAGAAAACCGAAGAAGCCCCAGAACUGUACAAAUACUAUCCGUCUGGUCCAUUCAAUUCAUACGAGGACUUCAUCGACGAAUAUAUCGAAGGGAAGAUCCAGAAAGACACAAAUGCAGUCCUGUUCGCCAUCUUAGACAAAACUAGUAACUCGUUACCAGAGGCUACCCCACGUCUCGCAGGAACUAUCGGCCUCUUGAAUACCAAAGUGAUGAAUCAAAGCACAGAGAUCGGAUUCAUUGUCAUCCUUCCCGAGUUCCAGAGAACACAUGUCACAUCCAACGCUGUCGGACUUCUCCUACAUUAUUGCCUCGAGCUUCCUGCUGAGCACGCCAAAGGUGAACUCAAGUACGGUCCGGGUCUCGGGUUGCGACGUGUGCAGUGGCAAACUCAUGGAGAUAAUGCCCAGUCUGUUCGUUCUGCAGAGCGUAUGGGAUUCCGAAGAGAGGGUUUGAUUCGCUGGGAUAGACCAUUGAAAGAAGGAAAGGUUGGAGUACCUGUCCCUCCGGAGCGUGCUGCCCUCCGUGCAGGCGCUGGAAGGCAUUCUUGGAUGCUGUCGUUGUGCUGGGAUGACUGGGAGCUUGAUGGAGUUCGCGAGGUCGUGCAGCAACAGAUGGAUCGUAAAUAA